CACAGCCUUGUGUACGCUAUCCCGCGAUUUGGUGAAGCUGGUACGGAUCUCUUAGUUCACAUUUCGUUCUUUGGACGAGCGCGCGAUGACUCAAACCGCUCUCAAUCAUUGACAGCCGAAGUCGUACCUCGUCGGUGGCAAUUACCAUCCAGUGGCCUGUGCGUGUAAACAAACAAAUGUGAAGCGGACGUCCUGACAAUCGGGAAACGGUGUUUUAUUUUGCGGAAACUAUGGCGGGAGUUAUGAGUGAUCAGUUCAAGAGGAUGAACCUGCAGACGAAGACUGUGGGGGAGGACAGGAUAAAGCGCGCGAAGGAGCGGAACGAGGAUGUGGCCAUCCUGUCCAUGGAGCUGCCAGGGGAGAAGAAGGGCUUCAAGUGCAGCUUAGGGGAGCUUUGCCUACAGGGAGAUCCUACCAGUUUGCCUUUAGGUACCAAGAAAAUGGAAUACAAGACAAGGCAGUGGCACGAGAAGUGUUUCUGCUGUUGUGUUUGCAAAGUUCCAAUUGGCACCCAGAGCUUUAUUCCACGGGAACAGGAAAUCUACUGCGCCAAAUGUUACGAAGAGAAAUUCGCUACGCGCUGCAUUAAGUGCAACAAGGUUAUCACCAGCGGAGGCGUGACAUACAAGAACGAGCCCUGGCACAGGGAGUGCUUCACCUGUACACACUGCCAGAAGAGUCUAGCGGGAGAGCGUUUCACCAGCCGCGACGAGAAGCCCUUCUGCGCCGAAUGCUUCGGCGAACUCUUCGCCAAGCGCUGCACGGCCUGCAACAAGCCCAUCACCGGCAUCGGAGGCACCAAGUUCAUCUCCUUCGAGGACCGCCACUGGCACAACGAUUGCUUCUUCUGCGCCUCCUGCCGCACCAGCCUGGUGGGCCGCGGCUUCAUCACCGACAACGAGGACAUCAUCUGUCCCGAGUGCGCCAAGCAGAAGUUAAUGUAAAUUAGAAUUUUCAAAUGUUCUUAGUAAGUAUUUAUUACCAACAUUUAAAAAGUCGAAUAAUUUAUACAAUGCCAGACGGUUGUUUUAUAAAUAAUGUUUUGAUAUGGAAUCAAACAAGCAAACUAUAUAAAUUAUUUUUUUAAAAUGUACCACACUACUACAUACACACAAACACACACGCACACAAACACACGUUACACCUUAAAAAAAAACAAACAAAAAAACCCUUAAAAAAAAAGAUGUAACAUCAAAAUUUCGAUAUGUGUAUAUUUAUUUAAAUUUUGAUGUUUUAUGUAUGAUAAGUAACAUGUAAUCAUUUAUAUCUUUUGUUAAAGUUAUUUUUCUAUUUAUAUCAAGCCAUAAUUUCUUAUAGAAGCUUAUUUAUUUUUUAAAAUAGAGAAUUACUAUUUUGCUUUAUGCUUUCCGACGUUAAAUUUAAAGUAAAAAAGGAACGUAUUAUCAGUGGUUGCAUUCUAAAAUUAAAUCUUAAUGUUCUAAAUUAAACAUUUAUCGGGAAAAAGUUGCCUUAUUAUUACAAUAUCAUAUACUAAGUGUUAUAUAAAUAUACGUAUGUAUUAAGAGCUAGAUUUAAACAUAUUUAUGGAAAAUAUUGUUAUAAUAAUUAUCGUAUUUGAUUUAUGACAAUUUUUUAUGUAUAACGCAUUACUCUUGUUGUAGAUAAUAUGUAUACAGCUUUCAUAGCAUUUAUGAAAAAGAGCAAUUUUGGUGCUAUUUCAGUAGUUUAGAAAUUUAGUUAUUACAUUUUAAUUUAGAUUUACGAGAUAUUGUUGCAGACGUAAUUUUUAUUAUCAUGUAAAGCUUACAAUACAAUUAUAUUAACGAAAUUGUUAUUAAUACUUGUUUAGAACUUAAUAUUUUAUGUACAUUUUAAUCCUACCUAUACAUAUGUUGUAACUGUUUUUGGAAUGUUACAAAUUGUUAUGCUUUUUAAAUCAAAUGCAGGGCUUUGCUUUAGGGACAUUGUUAUAUUUUAUUCCUUAAUAAAUUCGUUAAAAAACUA